AUGUCGCAGACCGUUGGACGGACUCGCCUCGCCUUCUCGCGAACAUGGCACUACAUAGACGUCGGCAGUGACCCACGCAGCUUAGGCCGCAUCGCCUCUUCCAUCGCCAUAUUCCUGAUGGGCAAGCACAAGCCUAUCUGGGACCCUUCGAAUGACUGCGGUGACUACGUUGUUGCCGUCGGAUGCCAUGAUCUCUACACAACUGGCAAAAAGCGGUUUCAGAAAAUGUACUAUACGCAUAAUACGCGGCCGGGGAGCCUGAAGUCGAUGACGAUGGGAUAA